AAUCAAUCAAAACCCUUGAGAAGGGCAUAUGGAUUCUUCGCGCAAUCCUCUGUUAUGAGCUCCACAUUUCUUCCCCUGCGCCUCCGACCCACUGAUUAUCGAGUCACUGUCUCUCCAGUGCGAGAGAGUGGAAGAAAACGAAUUUUUGAAGAUUCGGAGAAGUUGGGUCAGAUUUGGAUUCCGAAGAUUUAGCGGUUUCUCUUUCUUUCUCAGUGGUUUGUGACUUGAGGAAUUUGUGUUGGUCGCCAUGGAAGGAGCAGUGGGAGCUGAGUUUCACGAUUGGGAGGUGCUGCUCCACGAUUCGGACGCCAAAAGUGCCCUAACGGCGGUGGAGUUUUCGGGGGAGAAAUCGAAUCAUUUUGGGGGAAUCGAAGGUGAGUCCGAUUCCGAGACUAUAAUCAAAUCCGACUAUUUCUCUCUUGAAAAUCAGGGAAGGCGCGCCAAGGCUGUAGCUGAGCGUGAUCUGAACGAAGAGGAGGGCUCGAUUGAAUCGGAUAAUCCUAGUUGGAUCGAUCCCAGUUCUGAGAAUCGGUACGGUAGGGUAAAUUCGGGUGAAUUCUGGUCCGAUUCUGGCAGUGAUAGGUCGGAUGAGCGUAAGUUUAACGAAUUCGAUUCGAAAACCGAGUCUGGUCUUGCAGAAUUUCUUCAAACCCAAACAGACGACGAAGAAUCAAGGGGCAGGAUUCAGAAAUUGGAAGGUUUAGAGUCACACGACAGCGAAAUCAGAGGCUCUGAUUCAAAAAUUGAAUUAGCUUUUGAAGAAUUUGAUGAAAAUCAACCCCAAAGCAAGGAUUUGAGCAAGUUCUCGGCCAAAUUUGGGGACAUUGAUCAAAGUGACUCAAAAAUAGUGAAGUUAGAAGAAGGGGACGAGCAUUUGGAGGAGAAAAAGAACCUUAAAAUUCAAGAAACAAAAGUUAACGCAGAAUCAGGCAGUGGGGUUGGAGAGAAGAGGAAAGUAGUAUGGUGGAAAGUUCCAUUUGAGGUGUUGAAGUAUUGCAUGUUCAGAGCAGGCCCUGUCUGGUCUUUCUCUGUAGCGGCUGCUGUGAUGGGUUUCAUUAUUUUAGGAAGGAAGCUCUACAAAAUGAAGAGGAAGAGCCCCAGCUUACUGCUGAAGGUUACCCUGGAUGACAAGAAGGCAUCUCAGUUCAUGAGUCGAGCUGCUCGUCUUAACGAAGCCUUUUCGGUGGUGAGGCGUGUCCCGAUCAUUCGACCUGCUCUCCCUGCUGCCGGGGUAAACCCAUGGCCUGCAAUCAGCAUGAGAUGAGGAUUCUUCCCACAACACAUGCAGAUAAAGUAAAAGUAGCAGUGUCUCUCUCUCUCUAUCGUAUAUAUAAGAUGUAAUAAUUUUACAAUUCCAAUAUAUGUUCUGUCCAAUACAAGAUGCUUCAGCAUCAGCUGUGUGUAAAGUAAAUCCAGAUAAUGGCUUGUCUUAUUUUGUUUUUCUUAUUUUUUCCCCCUUUAAGAUAUACCUCUUUGUGUGUUCUCUUGAUGAAUGCAUUUUAUGCAUUGCUGAACACACCUGUAUGGCAACCUUCGAAAUUGUGGCUAAUAGGUACGUGAAUUUUAAAAUGGA